GAACGAGAAUCAAGUGCAGUGAAAUCAACUGCAUUGAUAAGCUUGUUAUUUGAACGGUUGAAUAUUGAACGCAAAAGUUGGACUUGGCGGGACUGUGUAAAGUGGCGAGGUUUUAAAGCUAAAAUGGACCAAAGCCUUGAUGACAUUAUUCAACAAAAGCGCAUCCGAGUCACCAGAGGCAGAGGUCGUGGCCGUGGUCGAGGCGGUGAAUCAUUGAGAGGUGUCCGUCGUGGUGGAGUUGCGCGACGGAACACAAACGGAAUGUCACGAGCUUUACCUGACAAAUGGCAGCACGAUAUGUUUCAAGAUGGUCGUAGCCCAAAAGGAGCUGGUAAUGCGGGUGGAAAUGCAACAAGAUUACACAUUUCAAACCUGGAUUUCGGUGUAAAUAAUGAUGAUAUAAAUGAACUUUUUCGGGAGUUCGGUGCAAUUCGGAAGGCUACUGUCCAUUAUGAUAGAAGUGGUCGUUCUCUUGGCACCGCAGAAGUCGUUUUUCUCAACCCCUUGAGUGCAACAAAAGCCAAAAAUCACUACAAUGGUGUACCGCUUGAUGGACGCCCAAUGGUCAUUCAGUUGGUCGGUGCAGCUGUUGAAACUACUGUAACAUCACGUCCCCGUGUUACUCGCCCUCGUGGUUCUCCAAUGCGUCGGGGUUUUGGACGUGGCCGAGGUCGUGCACGUGGUCGCGGGAGAAUUCAAAAACCUACAGUUACUAAAGAAGAGUUAGACGCACAGUUGGCUGCUUAUAAUGCCCAGCGUGCCUAAUCUAUUCUUACAACCCUUCAUUUGUGGAGUAGGCUGAUCAAAAUCUGUCAACUCUCAAAAUUUCUUAUCCCAUUGUUGUAUGUCUUUGCAUUCAUAUGAAAAAUAAAACAAUUUAUCAUAUAAAAGUUU